UGAAAGAGCUUCGAUUCUUGAGUCUUAGCCAGAAUCAAAUGGUUGGUGCUAUACCUCCAUCUCUUAGCAACCUCAUCGGCCUUGUGUCCUUGCACUUGGAGGAUAAUAAGCUCGUGGGUGUCAUUCCUAAGGAGUUAGGGAAGCUCCACGAAUUGAUGUAUCUGGAUAUUGGAGUCAAUAGGCUCUCUAGAUCAAUCCCAUCUAGUUUAGGAAAUUUAACAAAGCUCUACCACUUCGAUCUCUACCAAAAUCAAUUGACUGGAGUCAUCCCUCGAGAAUUGAAAAAUCUAGUUAAUCUCGUUUACCUAUCGAUUGCCGAUAAUAAUCUAACAGGUGGGGUUAUCUCUUCUUUUGGAAACCUAACCAAGCUACAAUUUUUUUGGCUACGAAGAAAUAAACUCUCAGGUCCUAUUCCUUUUGAGAUUGGAAACCUCAUUGAGGUUACUGAUCUCAACUUCUCAGAAAACCUAUUAACUAAUUCAAUUCCUUUUUCUAUAGGAAAUAUGACUAGACUAGAGAGACUUAGCCUUUGGGAUAAUCAAUUGCCUAGUUUUAUUCCUCUUGAGAUUGAGAAUCUAAUUGAAGUUACUAAUCUCUCACUCUCAAAAAAUUUUUUGACCGGUCCCAUUCCUUCCUCUAUAGGAAACAUGGCCAAAUUAAAGAUUCUUUACCUUUGAGAUAAUCAAUUGUCUAACUUUAUUCCUCUUGAGAUUGGAAAUCUAAUUGAAGUUACUGAUCUCGUACUCUCAACAAAUCUUUUGACUGGUCUCAUCCCUGCCUCUAUAGGAAACUUGACCAAAUUAAAUAUUGUUUACCUUUUGGAUAAUCAAUUGUCUGAUUUUAUUCCUCUUGAGAUUGGAAAUCUAAUUAAACUUACGAUCUGGCACUCUUCAAAAAUUUACUGUCAGGUCCAUCCCUUCCUCUAUAGGAAACAUGACCAAACUCACAAAACUAGGUGUAUACAAUAAUCAGUUGUCUGGACCUUUGCCUGUAGAGAUCAACAACAUUCUUGGACUGACAUACCUAGUGCUGUCAAAUAAUAGCUUCUCCGGCUAUUUACCCCCAGACAUAUGCAAAGGUGGAGCCCUACAGUACCUCAUUCUUGAAAUGAACAACUUCCAACGUCCCAUUCCCACGACCUUGAAAAAUUGUACGACGCUUGAAAGGGUCCGUCUUGAACACAACCAACUCACCGGAGAUGUAUCACAAUGUCUUGGAGUAUAUCCCCAUCUUUCUUAUAUGGAUUUGAGCUUCAAUCAACUCUCCGGUACACUCUCACCAGACUGGGCAAAAUGGCACAAUCUGACACUCUUCAGAAUCUCAAAUAACAAUAUCACCGGAGUCAUACCCACCGAGUUUGGGCAGUUGACGAAACUGGGAGAGCUGGACCUCUCUUCCAACUACCUACAAGGAGAGAUCCCAAAGAGCUUCGGCAGCUUAACCCUUCUCUACAAUCUGAGCUUGGGCAACAACCAACUCGUCGGCCAUGUCCCUCUGGAGUUUGGAAUGCUGUCCAAUCUCGAACUGCUUGAUCUCUCAUCCAACAACUUGGCAGGAAGAAUCCCAGAUCAAUUAGGCAACUGCAUGAAACUCCGAUCGUUGAAGCUUAACAACAACAACUUUAGUGGAACCAUUCCUUUGGCCAUUGGUAAUCUGGUGUACCUCCAAGACACCUUUGACAUCAGCCAGAACUCACUAACAGGGGAGAUUCCAUCCCAACUCGGCAAAUUGGUGAUGCUGCAAAGCCUGAAUCUAUCGCAUAAUUCCUUCUCGGGUCAUCUUCCAUCUUCGCUAACGUAUAUGACGAGCUUGUCUACCGUAGAUGUAUCCUACAAUGAACUGGACGGCCCUGUUCCUGAUAGCCCAGCUUUCCGAAGAGCCCCGGCAGAGUGGUUUGCCUAUAACAAUGAUCUGUGUGGAGUUGUUCGAGGAUUGCCUCCGUGUGUUUCACUCGGUACUCCGACAAAAGAUGACCGAAGCAAGCGCCAAAAGUGGUUGUAAUAGCCAUCAUUGCUUCCGUCGUCUUCUUCCCUCUCUUUUUUAUAUUCAUUGCAGCUGCUUUACGAUUCCACAAGAGAAAGAAGCCGCCAGUACCUGUCGAUGAUAAUCACAUCAAAGAAGGUGCAUUCUAUAUAUUGAAUUUUGAUGGAAGAGAUGUAUACAAGGACAUCAUCGAAGCCACCGAAGAUUUCGAUGCCAAAUACUGUAUCGGAAGCGGUGCAUACGGCAGUGUCUACAGAGCAGAGUUAGCAAGUGGGGAACUGCUAGCGGUGAAGAAGAUUCACCUACCAGACAUUGAAGGUACAUGCGACGAGCAACCCUUUCAAACUGAGAUACAAACUCUUACUCAAAUUCGACAUCGCAAUAUCGUCAAGCUUUACGGGUUCUGCUCCUCUCCCCAACGCAAAUUUCUGGUGUACGAGUACAUGGAGAGAGGAAGUCUGGGAUCUGUCCUCAGAAGCGAAACUGCAGCUGAAUUGGACUGGGGGAUGAGAGUGAACAUCGUGAAAGAUGCUGCUCGUGCUCUGUUCUACAUGCAUCACGAUUGUGUUCCGCCUAUCGUUCAUCGAGAUGUUACCAGCAACAACAUCCUACUGGAUUCCGAAUUCAAGGCUUGUGUUUCCGACUUUGGAAUUGCUCGACUACUGAAUCCGGAUUCAUCAAAUUGGACCAUGCUUGCAGGCACACGGGGUUACUUGGCACCAGAGCUUGCAUAUACAAUGAGAGUGACCACCCAAUGCGACGCGUACAGUUUCGGAGUGGUGACGCUGGAGUUGCUGAUAGGAGAAUAUGGAGAAAUACUUAUUUCCAUUCUGUCGUCUUCACCGAUCAAUGAUAGCUUCGUGAAAGACGUAUUGGACCGACGUCUAGCUGUUCCUGAGGGUCAAGUUGCGGAUGAAGUGAUUACAGUUUUGAGCUUGGCUCUUCGUAGCGUGGACAACCACCCUGAAUCACGCCCGACAAUGAAACAGGUCUCCGACAAGUUAUGCGUGGUCAGAACUGUUGGGAAGAAAACCUGCGGAAUAAUUCUUUUUCGUCUUUGUGUAUCAAAAUAGGUUCCUCAUCAAAAUACCAACUUGA